CUCUCUCGCUGGGCGAUCGACACCAGCUCAGCAUCAUCAGCUUACCGCCUGCUGCUUCCAGGGAAUAAACUCUGAAUAUUUCUCCUGAGAGACGUCUGCUGAACAAACAGUGCAGAAAUGUCUCAGCUGUCUGUCCUGCUGCCUCUCACAGGCCUUUUAUUCCUGAUCUCCUCAACGUCCGGCUCAGAAUCCAGUGUGCCGUACCCGGUGACCUGUGUGACCCGCGGGGCCGACCUGACGGAGGACGGCGUGGUGGUUCUGUGUCCUCCGGACUGCACCCAGUGGAGGGUGUCCGUGUUCGGGACGGGAGUCUACGCCUCCGUCUCCUCUGUCUGCGGAGCUGCUGUCCACAGGGGGGUUCUGGGUCCGUCCGGAGGCCCCGUCAGGGUCCACAAGCUGCAGGGACGACACAACUACAUGAGCUCGUACGCCCACGGCAUCCAAUCACAGGCCCUGACCCACUGGACUGCCUCCUUCAGCCUCACCAAGCCAGUUAACGUUCCUCUGGAGUUGACCAGUGACACCAGCACCACAGCUCUGCCUGCAGCCGCACAACCAGCAAAGAAACCGCUGAAGAAGUCGCCAGUGAAGAAAGUUCUGACAGGAGGAAAUAAAGACUGUCAGAUGGACAUCGCCAUGGUGAUCGACAGCAGCAACAACAUCGGGCAGCGGCGGUUCAACCUGCAGAAGAACUUUGUGGCUAAACUGGCGGCCAUGUUGAGAGUCGGACAAAUAGGGGGGCCGCAUAUAGGCCUUGGUGAAUCUCCCCGGAAAGAGUUCCUUAUGACCAACUACACCAAAAUAAAAGUGCUGUUUGCCAUAAAAGGAGCUGGCGUUUUGGGAGGAGAUACCAAUGCAGGUAAGGCCAUCAUGCACACGGCAGAGACCUUCUACACUCAGGAGAACGGGGGGAGGCGGGGUCACCCCCGGGUGAUGAUGGUGCUGAUUGAUGGCUGGCCGUCUGACGACCUGGACCAGGCGGCCAUGUUGGCCAGAGAGUCCGGCAUCAACGUGUUCCUGGUGUCUGUGGCCAAACCGGCACCUGAGGAGCUCGCCAUGGUGCGAGACAAAGAGUUCAUGAAGAAGGCGGUGUGCAAAGAUAACGGUUUCUUCAGUUAUUUGAUCCCCAGCUGGUUCAGCACCACCAAACAUGUCAAACCUCUCACCCAGAGACUCUGCUCGCUGGACGGCCUCCUGUGCAGUAAAACCUGCUACAACUCGGUGAACAUCGGGUUCCUUAUUGACGGUUCAUCCAGCGUCGGAGAUGGAAACUUCCAGCUGGUCCUGGACUUCCUGGCAGGAAUCGCCAGAAGCUUCGACAUCUCAGACGUGGGAUCUCGCAUCGGUGCUGUGCAGUUCACCUACGAUCAGAGGUUGGAGUUCGGCCUUUAUGACCACUCCACCAAAGACAAUGCCAUCAACGCUCUGAGGAGGAUUCCUUACAUGAGCGGAGGAACAGCCACCGGAGCAGCCAUCAGCUACACCACCCAGAACCUGUUCAGGCGGACAGGACCAGGCCGCAACUUCCUUAUCGUGGUGACAGACGGCCAAUCAUAUGAUGAUGUGAUGAGCCCGGCGGUAGCUGCACGGAAACAAGGCAUCACCAUGUACUCGGUGGGCGUGGCCUGGGCACCCCUUGAAGACCUCAAAGCGAUGGCAUCAGAGCCCAAGGACAGCCACACCUUCUUCACCAGAGAGUUCACUGGCCUCGCCGAGUUCAUCCCGGCGCUGGUCCGAGGCAUCUGCCGAGACUUCACAGAGAACAACUAAAAGCAACGUGUUUGUGCUUCUGUAUUUGUGACGAGAGCUUUACCUGUAACUCCAGCUUAAACAAAGUAUGAACCCUCCAGCAGCUAGAAGAUGUGAUGACUCGACAAAAUGUCCUCACUUUGCAGGUAGAGAAACAGGUCAUCACAAAAAUAGAAGUACUUAUUUGUACUCCUAUACACUUGUGUAGUCCCUAUACCUAAAACCAAAUCGUAUCCUUCAAAUAGACGUUUGAAGAAGUGAAAACCAGACAAAAUUUCUUCACUUUUCAAAUGUCCUCACUCUGCAGGUACAAAAUCGGGUCCUCACAAAGCUAGAAGUACAAGAGCACACACUGUAUAUAAACUGUACACAUUUACCAACUAAUACGGAUACAUACACAUGAAAACACAUGUAUAUAAAAGACACAACAUAGAAAUUCACACAUGUAUACCAAAAACAUUUUUUUUCUAUUUAAUGAAGGAGAUGUUGGGAAAUCACCAAACAACCAAUCAUUAUCAUCAACAGUCGAAACCAAAAUCAUUCACUUCUCACUUCCACUAUCAGUGUGUUUGAUCGGAUUGAUUACAAUAUAAAAGGUUCCCAAAUUACCCCCGAAGUACAUCAGAAAAACUAGUAAAAAUAUAAAACUUAUAAAAACGUUAACGUCGUAUUAGCCAGCAGAAUACAUUUUAACUUUAAAGCAUACUUAUUUAUAUAAAAUAGAUUCUAACUGUAAAAUAAAACCCUGGACCCUGAAGAAACUUCUGGUUAAAGAGAAAAAAAAAUUUAUUCUGAAUAUGACUUUCAUAUCUCAUAAUGUACUAAAUAAAUAUAAUUGUAAGAGUUUUCUUAUAAUUAUGAGAAAACAAGCUUAUAGUUACGAGUAAUUACAAGAAAAUGAUUCUUAUUUUGUAUCUUGUAGUUACAGGGUAAAGAAAUAGUUUGAGGCGUGCUUAUAUUAUUUUGUAGUAAAUUACAAGAUACUAAAUAAUAAUUAGGAAAACUUAACUAUUUUAAUGAAAAAUUAGUUAUUUUUCUUUGGGAAUGCAACAUUUAUCCAAAAGUUACAGAACUUACCCAUCAUUUCUGAAAAUUCCUCAAAAACAAUUACCUGAAUUCUU